AUGGCAACGGGAAGAAGAAGAAUCCCAGAGGCAUUAUUGGUGGAGAUAGUUGCAAGAUUACCAUUGAGAAGCAUCACAAGAUUCAAAUCAGUAUCCAAAACAUGGAAAUCGUUAGUAGAAUCGUCCUACUUCCGUGGUCUCUUCAUCUCUCUGCACCGAAACUCAUCUUCUUCUUCAUGGUCACUCAUGUUCCGAACCGACAACAUCACAGAAGCUAUAGGCUUCCAUGGAUGCAAGACAUGGGGUCUUCACAAGUCUCUAGGUUCUUAUAUCUUGCCUUUUCAACCUACUUCUUCUCACUACUCCUAUGUAGCUUCUUCUAAUGGUUUGGUUUGGAUCGAGAUCUUCGCUAACCGCGUCGAUAACAUGCCUUACGUUCAUAAAUCUUUGGUGGGUAAUCCAGUUUUACAACAAUGGGUCGAAAUACCUCCUCCUCCAGAGCCAUGUGUAGCCACUGGUUUGGUAACGCGUGUGGAGGAAGAAAACGGCGUCGUUUCAAGCUUCAAAGUGGUUAGGACUUGUCAAAGUAGAGACAGAGACAUGGAAGAAAUGUUUGUAUGGAGAGUUUAUGUUUAUUCUUCUGAGACAGGUUUAUGGACUUUGAAGCGGCUUGUCUCCUCAUAUCCUAUCUUCUACGCUGCUUCUUACCCUUCCAUGAAUCUCAAUGGGAUGAUUUUUAUGUGGGAAAUGGAUUCGGACUCUAUCGAUCAACCUGGAGUACUUAUUCCUCAUGACUUUUGGAAUGAAGAAAGUGAUGAUCAAUGUCAGGUUAUACCUCUCCCUCUACCGUAUAACAAACAUGUUAGGAGAUGCUUGACUACUACUUCAGGAGGAGAUGAUGUUAUCUACAUUGAAAUAAUUGAUCGAAAAUUGAAGGUUUGGAAGCUGAAUAUCAACUUUGAGUGGCGAUUGUCACGGGAAGAAAUAAACAUGGAGUCUGUCGGAUUUGAUUUCGAUUGUUUUCCUAUGGCAAUGAAUCCGUUUGAUUCGGAUAUCGCUUAUCUAUGGAGUCGACAACAUUGUUGUUUGGUAACGGGUAACUUGAAGACGCAAGAGUUUAUUGUUCAUCAAGAUUUAGAGGAAUGGAGUAGCAAUGAAGGUUUUUAUCGAUUAAAAACAUCGGAUUCUAAGAGUUACAUGGAAUCUAAUAGCAAUGUAACUUCGGUUCUUAUGUUAUCUCAAUUUGUGCUUCCAAAGUGGAUGGACUUGAUACCUCGUCUACCAAAUUGA